AUAGACGCGGCAGCUGGGCAUCUCGAUGGGAAAGAAGACGAAGCAACGCCAUGAGUCGCGCGCGGUGGCAAAGCGCGCUCGACUCGGACUGCGGUCUUACACGCUUGGUUCGGCCAGGCUCGGGGAGAUGAGGGACUCCUCCUCCUUGGCCCGGCUGCUUCGGAGUGCAAAUGCCGCCCGAUCUGCUCGAGGACGCUUGCGCGCUCGAUUCUGGGCAGAUGGCUACUUGCUGCUCAGGGGCCUUCUGCCAGCGGAAGUUGUCCGGCAAGCACAGAGCUCCCUUCUUGCAAAGCUUCCGAGCUUCGGGCCAUCUCGCGAGGACGCCGGUGCUGGACUGUGCUCGCCUGAGGUGCUUGCAGUGCUGAAUCACUCAGAACUGUUCUACUUUCUGGACAGCUUCUUCGAGGAAGUGGCGGCGCCUGUAUUCGACUCCGCCAACUUGCGAGCAGUACAACCAGGGCAGAGUACCGGCUUCCACACAGACUCAGUCUACAUGGGGAAACUGAUGGCCGCAAACCAGCCACCAGUGGUGGCCUGCUGGAUUCCCAUCACGCCUAUCCCUGUGGAGUUGGGUGGCUUGGUGGUUUGCCGCGGCUCCAACUCACAUCCAGGUUUCGAGCACUUCCGCCAGACCUACGGCAAGCUGGACUUGGAUGAGUCGGAUAUCAAAGGGACUGGUUGGUUCACGGACGAUCCUGAAGAGGUUAUUUCCAUGGGCGGGCGCUGGGAGACAGCUGAGUACUUGCAAGGAGAUGUGGUGCUUUUCACCAUGCACACCGUGCAUGGCAGCUCUGCCAACUGCCUGGAUCGCUGGCGGCUUUCGCUGGAUUUCCGAGUACAAGCCGGAUCUGCUCCUCCUGUUGAGCCUUCAUGUAACAAGGGCAGGUGGUCGCGCUUCAGGCACAACAUGUCAGAGUUCCCACAAACCAUGGAGCAGGCCAAGGCUGCUUGGAAGGCCUUCGCACCAGGCACAGAGCCAGAGCUUGCGAGCUGGAACAAUGGCGGCAACGUGGCAAGCGCGGCAAGCCCGCGCCCGGAGCUCCGGGUCUCGGCGACUCGCGCGGCGGCGGCCGUGGGUUUGCUCCAAAAGCCGACGCUCUGCGCGCCGCCCUCCUCGCCCGUCAGCUCUGGACUUCUUGGCGAGACGCUGCCGCCACGAGCACUGGUGGCUGCCGUAAAUGCUGCAUUUGCGGAGGCCAUCGAACACGCCGCUGCUGAACAGGCAGCAGCAGCCCUGGAGCAGGAGGAGAAGCAGAUUCGAAACGAGGAGGAGGAGCUUCAUCAGCAGCACUUGGAGCUGUUGGAGCGCCUUGGGGCGCUCCAGGCCGAAGCAAUGAGAAGUGGGGACAAUGCUGGGGAACAGGCAUUGGGAGAGCGGUUUGGACAAGUCAUGAUGGAGUUGCAGGAGCUUGCAAAGCGUCAGCGAUGUCAGGAACUUCGAGCAUGGCGGCACCGCGUGCGGCGGCAUAGUCCAUCAUGGUCACGGCCGACUUCGCUGGACAUGGAGGACCAUUUGAGCCGUGCCCAUGACAUUUUCACCUUCUGGUUCUUUGAGAUGCGGGACCGGCUGCGCGUGAGCUUCAAGCCCCUCGAGGCGAAGCUGGCGCCGGUGCCGGAGGACCACGCGCAGCAGCUGCUUUGCGGCUCGCUGCGACACUCCCCAUCUGCACGGACAUUGCGAAAUUCAGGCAGGAGAAGCGCUCAAGACAAGUUCCUGAAGUAG